AGCGAGCUCGUUCCUUUUUCUCUCUUUUCACGCUGGGUAGAUGCAGAACGGGCGCCAUUCUCAAGGGCCUCCAUUCAUCGACACGGGCUACAGACCACGCCAUGACUCCGACGUCGGCUCAGAUGGCACAAUGACAGAGCGCAGGUGGGGCUCUGCAUCCCUCUCUGAUCCUUCGUCGACGCGCACCAACAACGGCAGAGCACACACGUCCACCGUCCCCGCCGACUCUGCGCGCUCAAACUCGGACGACACCCUCCCCAACACUGGCCCCAUCAUCCCCUACUGGUCUGCCAAACACCAUCUCACAUGCGGCAACACGUCCUUCCGCCCCUCUUACGUCAGCAAGCUCUUUCCCUUGCACGGCUCAGCUCCUGACAAGCUCAAGACCGCCAACGCAGCCUUGGUGUUGUGUCUGAACAUUGACGUUGACCCGCCCGACGUCAUCAAGACCACCCCGCCCUCGAAGCCAUCGGCACCAACCUCCAGCACCAAUUCGAAGGCCUCUCCCUCCAAAUCACAAACCCAUCCUCAACCCCUCCUACGAGGAUCUCAGGCACUUCUGCAUGACCCUCUGCAAACAGGCCAAGGACGACACUGUCUGCUUCUACUACAACGGCCACGGCGUACCCAGGUCUUCACCGCCGUCACAGACACGAUUGCAAGGACGACCUUCCCGCCCGACAUCUUCACGCGCCUAGCGCAUCAUGAAGAACUACCACUGCACCCCGCACACGCACCCCGCCCUCCUGUCUACAACACGCACCAAUUCUGGGCAGCAUGGGACCUUGCCGUGGACACCUGCCUCCGCCAGCUGCCCAACCUGCUCGAAAAGAACACAGUGUUGAUCCCGCCCAAUCCGAAUCCAGGCCAGACGCGGCCGCGCAAGGGGCAGCAGCAGGCACAGGAGCCCGUGCAGACGGUCGCGCCCGAGAAGCAGCACCAAUACGUCCUGAGCCGCUUCGUCACGGACCAGCUCACCGCGUGCGAGGUGUGGAUAUCCGACGGGCUCGACGGUGUCAACAGCGACGCGGCCGCGGCGGCGCGCUUUGUAUUUCUGCGUUGCUUGCAACGUUGGAUUCCGCAAGGUGUUGUGCAGACAAACCAUGGUGCCGGGUAG